AUGAUGGAUCAGGUAGAAAUUUCACAUCAGCAAGCCUUGGUAAAUGUAACUGCCCAGGCUGCUGAAGUUCAGUCACAGAAUCUGUCAUCUGGGCAUCCAACUUCUUCAUCAGAAUUAUCACCAAUUUCAUCGACCCCAAAUCCCAAACUACGGGAUCAAAAGUCAUCAUCAGUAGCAAAGGCUAAUAGUGCAUGCGUCCCAGAUCCAGAAUCAGAACAACAGAAGUCUUCCAAUUCUAAAACUCCACCUUCUCUUCCUGUCAUGAAGAUGCCUUCUACUGAUGGGUUCAAUUGGCGAAAGUAUGGCCAGAAGCAGGUGAAAAGUCCUCAGGGUUCCCGAAGUUACUACAAAUGCACAUAUUCUGAGUGUCACGCUAAAAAGAUUGAAUGCUCUGAUCUCUCUAACCGUGUUAUUGAGAUAAUUUCUAAAGGUGAGCACAAUCAUGAUCCACCUCGGAGAAUAAAUUGCACAAAGGAAAAUCAGCUUGCAUUAUGUUCUGCACCUGCUACUACAGCCCAGCCAGAAACAAGGCUUACUGAUUUAGAUUCAUCCGCUUCAUCAAAAGAACUUGUAAGAGAAAAAUCUGCUGUGCCUGAAACAAAAGGUCAGAACUCUAGUGCUUCUGCUGUGACUGCUGAAGUUGACAUUAAGGAGGAGCACAUUGAUGAACCUGAGCCAAAAAGAAGAAUGAAGAAAGCCAACUCAGCUUAUUCAGCUUCGCCUAGUAAACCUGGAAAAAAACCUAAAAUUGUCGUCCAUGCAGCUGGUGAUGUGGGAAUUUCGGGAGAUGGCUACAGGUGGCGCAAGUAUGGCCAAAAAAUGGUGAAGGGAAAUCCUCAUCCCAGGAGAUGUCUAUUAAAACCACCUUCUUAUAAUUUCAAUGGGUACGCAAAGCAAAGCAAGUUUGAGAACAGGACCAGGAACUACUAUAGAUGCACUUCAGCUGGAUGUCCAGUCAGGAAACACAUUGAAAGGGCUGUUGAUAACUCAAGUGCUGUCAUAAUAACAUACAAGGGAGUGCACGAUCACAAUAUGCCUGUACCUAAGAAGCGGCAUGGGCCACCAAAUGCUCCUCUCGUUGCUGCUGCUGCUCCUGCUUCUAUGAACAAUUUACAGCUGAAGAAACCUGAGGUAAUCCCAAACCAGACAUCCGCAACCCAAUGGUCAGUGGACAAGGAAGGUGAAUUAACAGCUGAGGCACUGGAUGCUGGAGAGGAGAAGGCAAUUGAAUCAGCCCGAACUCUUUUGAGCAUUGGAUUUGAAAUCAAGCAAUGCUGA